AUUGGAAAACUUUCUGCGAAGGCAGAGUUUGAACUCGCGCGCUGCUGGCCCCACCCCGAAGCCCCGCCCAGGCCAUGAGGGCGGAGCGGAGGUUUCCAUGGCGACGGCAAACAAGGCCCUGACUGGAGGGCGGCUGCUGGGCUGCUACUCGCGCCGCCACCAUGAUUCCCCCAGCAGACUCUCUGCUUAAGUAUGACACCCCGGUGUUGGUGAGCCGGAAUACUGAGAAACGGAGCCCCAAAGCUCGGCCACUGAAAGUCAGCCCCCAGCAACCUGGACCCUCAGGUCCCGUCCCACAGCCACCCAAGACCAAGCUCCCCUCAACUUCCUGUGUCCCAGAUCCUACAAAGCAAGCAGAAGAAAUCUUGAAUGCCAUCCUGCCCCCAAGGGAGUGGGUGGAGGACACGCAGCUAUGGAUCCAGCAGGUGUCCAGCACCCCCAGCACCAGGAUGGACGUGGUGCACCUUCAGGAGCAGCUGGACCUGAAGCUGCAGCAGCGGCAGGCCCGGGAGACCGGCAUCUGCCCAGUGCGCCGGGAGCUGUACUCGCAGUGUUUCGAUGAGCUGAUCCGCGAGGUCACCAUCAACUGUGCGGAGCGGGGGCUGCUGCUGCUGCGGGUGCGGGACGAGAUCCGCAUGACCAUCGCCGCCUACCAGACCCUGUAUGAGAGCAGCGUGGCGUUCGGCAUGAGGAAAGCGCUGCAGGCCGAGCAGGGGAAGUCAGACAUGGAGAGGAAAAUUGCAGAGUUAGAGACGGAAAAGCGAGAUCUGGAGAGGCAAGUGAACGAGCAGAAGGCAAAAUGUGAGGCUGUUGAGAAGCGGGAGAGCGAGAGGAGACAGGUGGAGGAGAAGAAGCACAAUGAGGAGAUACAGUUCCUGAAGCGGACGAAUCAGCAGCUGAAGGCCCAACUGGAAGGCAUUAUUGCACCAAAGAAGUGAUAAUUUCCAUGUGGGUCUCGGCAAGCACCAACGACCCCAUCAUAAGCCCUGUGUAAUAAAAAGCGUUUCCUGAGUGAAGAAGCCAUACUCCCGCCCUUAGCACCACCUACAUAUCUGUCAGAAGUCACACCACUGCCCCUGAGUGGUGUUCAACACCUCAGGUCUGACAGCCAGGCUCCAGGCUGGACAACGGAAGGCAGUGCAGCCCAGGCAGUCUCCACACGCAGCCAACCUUGGGACUUGCCGGCUCCGACAGAGACUCAGAACUCACCCGUUUGGCUGUACCUGUCUCGGGCGGAGCAGCUGCUUUCUCAUCGUCUCUCCACCCUAUCACUUAUUUCCAGUCAUAGGAAGCUGCUUCUCUACCCCGUUUCUGGUCCACAGCUCACCUUGUCCCUUAACCUUGACCUGGGUUCUUCUGGACUCAGUCUUGUCUUUAUUUAAUGUCUUUUCAUCCUCCAUACUCCAAUGAAGUUCUAAAACACCUCAUUUUGG